UGGAGCUUCCAUCCGAGCUAUUAGAUAAGUAAAUAGAAGAGACAUUUCCCGAUAGUCGCAAUCAGUCAUCCAAAUCACUUACUCCGAGUAUCUCUCGAUAAACAAGCCAUCAAAAUGUCCACCUCUCUCUUCCGCGCUACUCCGGUCGCCCGCAGCGCUCUGCGCGCCGCCAGCGCCGUCAAGCCCGCCGCUACCUUUGUCCGCGGCAAGGCCACUCUUCCCGACCUUCAGUACGACUACGGCGCCCUCGAGCCCUACAUCUCCUCCAAGAUCAUGGAGCUCCACCACUCCAAGCACCACCAGACCUACGUCAACGGCCUCAACUCCGCGCUGACCACCAUCGUCGAGGCCGAGUCCAAGGGCGACUUCACCAAGGCAGCUUCCGUCGCCCCCCUCCUCAACUUCCACGGCGGCGGCCACCUCAACCACACUUUGUUCUGGGAGAACCUGGCCCCCGCCUCGCGCGAGGGUGGUGGCUCGCCCGAUGGCGCGCUCGGCAAGGCCAUCACGACCGAGUUCGGUUCGUUUGAGAGCUUCGUGAAGCAGAUGAAUGCCGCGCUGGCCGGCAUCCAGGGUUCGGGUUGGGCGUGGUUGGCCAAGGAUAAGGCUGCGAACGGCAAGCUGGCGCUGAUUACCCGUGCUAACCAGGACCCUGUUACUGGCAACUUUGUGCCCCUGCUGGGCAUUGAUGCGUGGGAGCAUGCGUACUACUUGCAGUAUGAGAACAGGAAGGCGGAGUACUUUGAGGCGAUCUGGAACGUGAUCAACUGGAAGACUGUUGCCAAGAGGUUUGAGGCUUAAGUUAUAUACCUUUGGGGGAGUAGUAGCAGGGGCGUUUGUUAAUUGAAUGAAGUGUUACUGCUGUGCAGAAGCUUGUGAUUAUCUGGUGGCUGUGUCGUGUGUGAUAUCAAUUGCGGUUAGUGUCCAGUCAUGGGUUCACAUCGACAUAAAGUUCUCGAGUAGAGACAGAAUCUGUACUUUUGGGUUUACCAUGACUGAUUCGCUUCUGGCGCAAGGGGUACCCUGCUAUAUACUUAACUUUUAGCCAGGAACCGCUGGUGGCAUCGCGUAUCUCCGUUGAACCCUGUGUGUUGUUUAUAUGACGAGACAGGUCAACCUUGACGAAUGGUCCAUGGCUGGCUAGGAUGAUGGUACGCUCUUUUCCUGGAUUCUUGACAGUGACAUGGCCCGAGAACUGGAUC